CAUCCUCAACCUUCGCUCGCCUACUUGCCCAACUCAAAUCAUGAAUCCUCACCAGACGAACAAGGUGGAUAUCAGCAAACUGUCGCCUGAUGAAGCCAAACUCUUCCGUCUCUAUGGGAAGCUGCCCAACAAGAAAGAUCUACUCCAGAACAAACUCAAGGAGCGCAAAUACUUUGACAGCGGCGAUUAUGCCCUCUCCAAGGCUGGCAAGGCUUCUGACAUAGGUGUUACUGCUAUUGGCCGUGAGCACCCCGUCCCCGAAAAGAUCCCCCACAUCGCACCUCCGACACCCAACGGCCAGACUCCCAAUGGCCACAGUCACGCCCACGGUCAAGAAAAGGGCCUCAGUGGUAGCCCUGUCAAAGAGCACACUUUUCUGCACCGGGAGACAAGCCUGAACCGUGAAACAUCAGCCGAGGAACUUGAAAACGAGAACGAAGCACAGAAAGAUGAAGCUACUAAGGCGUAG